UUCUCAGUCAACAAUACUACCGAUACCAACUCUGUCAUAAUGAACACCAAUGGACCCCCUGAUCUCAUGCUGGACCCCAGGACUGUAUGUGUGCCCAUUGAUGAUGUAGUGGCCAGUCACACUUGUAGCCAGCAUAUGCCCCUGUUACAUACACUUUUAAAAACAGUGGAGAAUCCCCUAACUGAGGCCCAGUACUUCUCCUGCUCACCUCGCAGACAAGUGGUUAACAUUGAAUUCAAAGACCUGUCAUACUCUGUUCGUGAGGGACCAUGGUGGAGAAAGAAAGGUUACAAGAUCUUGCUGACAGACAUCUCUGGAAACUUUACCAGUGGAGCUCUGGUAGCCAUUAUGGGUCCCUCAGGAGCUGGGAAGUCUACACUUAUGAAUAUCUUGGCAGGAUACAGGGAAACAGGAAUGAAAGGAGAGAUUUUCAUAAAUGGACAUCCCAGAGACUUACGCUCCUUCAGGAAGGUGUCCUGCUAUAUUAUGCAGGAUGACAUGCUUCUCCCACACUUAACAGUGCAGGAGGCCAUGAUGGUGUCAGCUAAUCUCAAACUCCAGGAGAAGAUGGAAGGCAGACGAAAAAUGGUGAAGGAAAUCUUGACUGCACUUGGCUUGUUGGACUGUGCCAAAACACGCACAUCUAACCUCUCUGGUGGCCAGAGGAAGCGUCUUGCCAUCGCCUUGGAACUUGUCAACAACCCACCCAUCAUGUUUUUUGAUGAACCCACAAGUGGACUGGAUAGCUCCUCCUGUUUCCAAGUGGUUUCACUGAUGAAAGCUUUGGCCCAGGGUGGCCGAACAGUUAUCUGCACCAUCCACCAGCCCAGUGCCAAGGUCUUUGAGCUCUUUGACAAACUGUAUGUCUUGAGCCAGGGCCAGUGCAUCUAUCAGGGGACAGUAUCCAACCUUAUUCCCUAUCUUAGGGAACAUGGACUUAACUGCCCUACAUAUCAUAACCCUGCUGACUUCAUCAUGGAGGUAGCAUCUGGAGAAUACGGUGAUCACAUGGCUCACCUUGUGAAGGCUGUACAGGACAGGAAGUGUGAAAAAGAUUGCAAAUCUGAAAUCAAUGGAAAUGGAAUUCUGAACCCCUUUAUGUGGCAUAGACCAUCUGCUGAGGACUCCUCUUCCACUGAGGGCUGCCACAGCUUCUCUGCCAGCUGUCUGACACAGUUCCACAUCCUCUUGAAGAGAACGUUCCUAAGUAUCAUGAGGGAUUCAGUGCUGACCCACCUGCGUAUAGUCUCCUACAUUGGAAUUGGGAUUCUUAUAGGGCUUCUAUACCUGGGCAUUGGUAAUGAGGCCAAGAAAGUCCUUAGCAACUCUGGUUUCCUUUUCUUCUCUAUGCUCUUCCUCAUGUUCGCUGCUCUAAUGCCCACCGUACUUACCUUUCCUCUUGAGAUGGGUGUGUUUUUGAGAGAACAUUUGAAUUACUGGUACAGUCUGAAGGCAUACUACCUGGCAAAAACUAUGGCUGAUGUUCCAUUUCAGAUCAUAUUCCCAGUGGCCUACUGCAGCAUUGUCUACUGGAUGACCUCACAACCAUCAGAUGCAAUUCGUUUCAUUCUUUUCCUGGCCUUGGGUAUGCUUACGUCUCUGGUGGCACAGUCUCUGGGACUACUGAUUGGUGCAGUAUCCACAUCAUUGCAAGUCGCCACAUAUGUAGGUCCUGUGACUGCCAUUCCUGUGUUGUUAUUUUCAGGGUUUUUUGUCAGUUUUGACACCAUCCCAAAAUACCUCCAAUGGAUGUCAUAUUUUUCAUAUGGCAGGUAUAGCUUUGAAGGAGUCAUCUUGUCCAUUUAUGGGCUGAACCGUGAGGACCUGCACUGCAAUAAAGAUGAGACAUGUAAUUUUCAAAAGUCCGAAGCCAUCCUGAAACAGCUGGAUGUUGAAGAUGCCAAGCUAUAUUUGGACUUUAUUGUGCUGGGCAUAUUCUUUUUCUCCCUGCGUCUUCUUGUGUACUUUGUGCUCCGUUACAAAAUCAGUGCAGAGAGGUAGAUAAAGGAUAUGUUGGACAGGGAGGGCAUCUCUUAGAAGGUGUAAUCAGAAAAGACCAAAGUGGGCCAUGCUUCCAUCAAUCUUCAAAAAGCACCACAUAUACAGGGUAGUAACUAUGGAGGUCCCUGUCAGGCAGUUACACACUGGACAUCUGAUAAAGAGGGUGACAUAUAGGGCAUCAAAUAUUUUCUUUGAACAUUGAUAUGGAAAUUGUAAACACUAUCAGGUAGAUCUUUUUUUAAUUUCUUUUUGUCAGUUAUUCUCUGCAUUGUCUAUUUUAGUUUUUCAUUUGUAAGCUGGAUGUAUAUUACUUUUGUUCCUUGGAAUUCCUUUCUUUAAAACCUUUUUACAACACCUGAAGUCCAAAAACAUUAUAUCAGUUAUUAUUGA